AUGGAGUACAAGGUGUUUUGCACACUGUUCAUCACUCUGAUGCUGGGAUUUGGUGUGCUGAGCCAGGAAACAUGUGAAGUGGAGCCAAAGCUAAGGAUUAAUUGUGGUUGGCCUGGAGUCACAGAGCAAGAAUGUAAAGCAAAAAAUUGUUGCUUCGAUAACACUGUCAGAGGAACUCCCUGGUGCUUCUCCCCUCAGGUUAUAGAAACAGAAGAGGAAUGCAUCUUUUAAAGAACUCUUACUACAGGAUCUUGCUUGCUUCGUCUAUUGGAAAACUUACUUUAUGGCAAUGGG